UUAGUAAAACCGAACCUGACAUCACCACUUAGCAGUUCAUGCAGCUAACAAGUGGUUUGUUCUUAGGGCAACAGAGGAGGAAAUUGCUCCUGGUCCGAUAAGACAACAGUGAAGAAAGGACGCAUGGUGUUUCUUAAGGGCACGGCUAGUUUCCAGAUAUGACCAUGUAUUUGUGGCUUAAACUUCUGGCCUUUGGCUUUGCCUUCCUGGACACAGAAAUGUUUGUUGCAGGGCAAACCUCACCUAAUCCCAUUAUUGGACUGAACACAACUGAGAAGCCCAGUGCUCUGUCUCCAAGUGGCCCCUUACCUGCUCGCACCACUACACUCUCACCUGCAAGCAUCUCUGAAAGAGACAAUGACUCCUCAGAGCCCACUCCUCCUCCUAGUCCAGGAGAUACUUCAACCCAUGUAUCCCCGGACCCUUUGGAUAAGCCUAGUGCUCUUGCUAUGACAGGUGCCACACCUGCACAGACGCCUCACCUGCCCACGCACGCAGACUCGCAGGCGCCCCCUGGCGGAGCUGACACGCAGACAGGCAGCCCGGCUGCCCUCACCGCACUCACCCCUGCCCCCGGCGGGAAUGACACCACCCCAGGUGUCUCAGGAGAGAGGAGCACAGCCGGCACCUUCCCGGAAGCCACAACUUUGCCACCCGUAGCCGCCCCCAGCCCUGCACUCGACAGCUCUGCUGCCUCACCUGCACGCACCUCCAACACCUCCUCAGAUGCCCAGCUUCUCUCCACCGCAUCCUCCACUCUGAGCCCUGCAGCGGGCACUGGCCUUGCAACCACAGCCAUAGCUACUACUACACCUAAGCCGUCCUGUGAGGAAAAAUACGCAAGCAUCCCUGUGGAUUACUUGUACAACAACGAAACUAAACGUUUUAGUGCAAAGCUAAAUGUUAGUAGUGAUGAAGUGAAAUGUGAGCCUGAUUGUGCAAACAAGGAGUUUUCUAACCUAGAAGAAUGUAGUACCACCAGUGUUAAUAUAAGUGAUGACUCAUGUGCCCCACCUAAAGUGUUAGAAUUAUAUGUACCACCAGAGCCUGAAAAGUUUGAAUUAGUUGAUUGUACGCAGCCGGAAAAAGCAGAUACUACUAUUUGUUUAAAAUGGGACAUAACUGAAAACUUUAAUUGUGAUCUAAAUAAUAUUACAUAUAAAUUUAAAUGUGGCAAUUACACACAUUCUGGUCCACAAUGGGAUUUAUCAGGCCUUCAACCCAACCAUACUUUUAGUUGUGAUGCAGAAAUAUUUUAUAAUAACCAUUGGAAUAUUACAAAAAAAACUACUGUUAAAACAGAUCUUGGGGCUCCAAACGAGCCUCGGAAUCUCACCUGUGAUCCUGUAAGUGGUCACAAAAGCAGGGUUACCUGGAGUCCCCCUGAGGGUGUGUUUCAUCAUUUUACUCUUUGCUAUCGGAACAAGACAGAAAGAUGCUUCAAUCUGGAUGAUACCGAGAACAUACAUUAUUUGCAAGAUUUGAAACCAUACACACAAUAUCAUGUGUCAUUAAAUGCCUACAACAAGGCAAAAGUGCAACGCAAUGGGACUGCUGUCACCUGUGAAUUUCGAACAAAGACAUCACACCCGGGCCAAGUGCAGAAGGUGACUGUCAGCCAGACUUCAGACAACAGCAUGCGGGUCAUGUGCAAGGCUCCCCUUGACCUGAACGGUCCCCUCGAACGUUAUCAUUUGGAAGUCAGAGCUGGAGCUGCUUCGCUUCAUAAUUAUGAACAAGGUGCCUGCGACUUCGAUGUACAAGAUCUUCACUAUUCAACAGACUAUGAGUUUAGGAUCCAUUUUAACAAUGGGGACUUUAAUGGAGAUCCAAUUGUUGUUCACAGGGCAACCUCCUAUAAUUCUAAAGCACUGAUAGCAUUCCUGGCAUUUCUGAUUGUUGUGACAUCAAUAGCCCUGAUUGUUGUUCUCUAUAAAAUCUAUGAUCUGCAUAAGAGAAGAUCCUGCAGUUUAGAUGACCAAUAUGAACUUGUUGAAAGGGAGGAUGAAAAACAACUGAUGAAUGUGGAUCCAAUCCAUGCAGAUGUUUUGUUGGAAACUUACAAAAGAAAGAUUGCUGAUGAAGGGAGACUCUUUCUGGCUGAAUUUCAGAGCAUUCCACGUGUGUUUAGCAAGUUUCCUAUCAAAGAUGCCCGAAAGCCCUUUAACCAGAACAAAAACCGUUACGUUGACAUCCUUCCUUAUGACUAUAACCGUGUUGAGCUGUCUGAGAUAAACGGAGACGCGGGGUCCAACUACAUAAAUGCCAGCUAUAUUGAUGGCUUCAAAGAACCCAGGAAGUACAUUGCUGCACAAGGUCCCAGGGAUGAAACUGUGGACGAUUUCUGGAGGAUGAUCUGGGAACAGAAAGCCACGGUGAUUGUCAUGGUUACUCGAUGUGAAGAAGGAAACAGGAACAAGUGUGCAGAGUACUGGCCAUCCAUGGAAGAGGACACUCGGGCUUUCGGAGAUGUCAUCGUGAAGAUCGAGGAGCACAAACGGUGUCCUGAUUACAUCAUUCAAAAACUGAACAUCACACACAAAAAAGAAAAAGCAAGUGGAAGAGAGGUGACUCACAUUCAGUUCACCAGCUGGCCGGACCACGGGGUGCCUGAAGACCCUCACCUGCUACUCAAGCUGAGAAGGAGGGUGAACGCUUUCAGCAACUUCUUCAGCGGCCCUGUGGUCGUGCACUGCAGUGCGGGCGUUGGGCGCACAGGCACCUACAUUGGCAUCGACGCCAUGCUGGAGGGCCUGGAGGCUGAGAACAAAGUGGACGUCUACGGUUAUGUGGUCAAACUGAGGCAGCAGAGGUGCCUGAUGGUUCAAGUGGAGGCACAGUACAUCUUGAUCCAUCAAGCCUUAGUGGAAUACAAUCAGUUUGGAGAAACAGAAGUGAGCUUGUCUGAAUUACAUCCAUAUCUACUUAACAUGAAGAAAAGAGAUCCACCCAGUGAACCAUCUCCAGUAGAAGCUGAAUUCCAGAGACUUCCUUCAUACAGGAGCUGGAGGGCGCAGCACAUUGGAAAUCAAGAAGAAAACAAAAGCAAAAACAGGAAUUCGAAUGUCAUCCCUUACGACUUUAACAGGGUGCCCCUGAAACACGAACUGGAGAUGAGCAAGGAGAGUGAGCAGGACUCAGAAGAAUCCUCUGAUGAGGACAGUGACGCAGAAGAGACCAGCAAGUACAUCAACGCUUCCUUUAUCAUGAGCUACUGGAAGCCGGAAGUGAUGAUCGCCGCUCAGGGGCCGCUCAAAGAAACCGUCAGUGACUUCUGGCAGAUGAUCUUCCAAAGGAAAGUCAGAGUGAUUGUCAUGCUGACAGAGCUGAUGCAGGGAGACCAGGAACUCUGUGCUCAGUACUGGGGCGAAGGAAAGCAAACAUAUGGAGAUAUAGAAGUCGACCUUAAAGACACAAACAAAUCUUCAGCUUAUACCGUCCGUGUCUUUGAACUGAGACAUUCCAAGAGAAAAGAUCCGCGCACUGUGCACCAGUACCAAUAUACUAAGUGGAACAUGGAACAGCUUCCUACGGAACCCAAAGAAUUAAUCUCUAUGAUUCAGACCCUCAAGCAAAAGCUUCCCAAGAAGAAUUCCUCUGAAGGGAGCAAGUAUCACAAGAGCGCACCGCUCCUCAUUCACUGCAGAGAUGGAUCUCAGCAAACAGGAAUAUUCUGUGCUUUGCUAAAUCUCUUGGAAAGCGCAGAGACAGAAGAGGUGGUGGAUGUUUUUCAAGUAGUAAAAUCUCUACGCAAAGCAAGGCCGGGAAUGGUCUCCACGUUUGAGCAAUACCAGUUCCUGUACGACGCCAUCGCCAGCACCUACCCCGCCCAGAAUGGACAAGUGAAGAGAGACAACAGGCGAGAGGAUAAAAUCGAGUUUGACAACGAGGUGGACAAGGUGCAGCAGGAGGCCAACUGCGUGAGUCCGCCCGGCGCCCCGGAGAAGGCCCACGGAGGAAACCAGGAGGCCGAAGGCUCCGCACCCACAGGCGGCCCUGAGGGGCCGGAACAUUCCGCCAACGGCCCCGCGAGUCCAGCCUUAGCUCAGAGUGCGCAGGACGACACAUAAAUGUGGGGCAUCUCAACACCUUACGUUUUCUGUUAUUUCUAUUUUUCUAGAAGCAGGAAGGGGAAAAUACAUAUACAUUGGAAUAUUCACGAAAUUUGUAGGAAGUCUCUGUUUUAUUACUGUGGGAACAUAUUUAAGAUAGUUCUGUCGAAACGGUUUGUACAGUCCUGUGCUAAAUUUUAAAAUUUUAUCUAUCAUUUGGCAAAAACAACUUUGUAGUCUUUGUGUGUGUGUGUGUGUGUGUGUGUGUGCGUGUGAGAGAGAAAGAGACUACUUUUACGUGAAUCUAAAUCCUCUUGCUAAACUUUGCCUUUUUGUGUUUGUAAAGAAAAAAACACAUUUUCUAUGGGGAGUGUUAAUUUAGCUAUAAGCAGCUAUUUUUUAGAUCAAACUGUGUAUUGAGCUUUUUGCGAGAAUGGAAACAUGUACAUUUCUAGAAUGACCUCAAGAUGGCCUCCUUGUUCUAUUCAUAUAUAUCUUGCUUGUAGUUCACUAUUUUACUUCUAGAGAGAGUAUGUAAAAGUGGUGUGCAUUUGUGCAUACCUACUGCAAGAAAGUUAACUAAAUUGACAUUUGGAAAUCUUACACUCCAAAUAUCAGCAUUUAGUCCAAUUAUCUUUUUAAGUGUAUUUAAUCUAAUUUAAAGAUUUCACGUGAAACUUCAUGGAGUCUUUGUGGUUUACAAUUUUGCAAUGUGGAUUAUUCUCUGUAUUUUGCAGUAUGGAUUAUUCUUUGAAACUCAUUGCUUGAUACUUUUGACCAAAACUUAUGUGUGUUACAGUUGAACUUAAAUAAACAUAUUUAAAAUAAACAAUGGCAAUAUAGAUUAAAAUCCACUAUAUAAAAAUAGAAGCAUACAGAUGUAUUUGUGUUAAAUAUUUACACAUAAAACCAAUAUAGCUAUUUGUAUGGACUUCAACAUUGAUAUGAGAGAGAAAUAUGCAUAUUUUUUCCAUGUUAAAGUCCAUCAUUAACUUUCAUUGCAGAGCAUUUACUUUGAAUUUCUUUGAUUGCUUAGACGGCUUUUCCUGGAAAUUGAUACCAAUAAUCACAAUAAAAUUCAAUUAUCUUUGCUUGUUUAUAAUAUAGUGUGUUACAUGUUCAUAUAUGAAAUAUGUAUGUAUGUACCUAUUAAAAUAUAGGUUUAAUGCAACUAAUAACACACUUUCACAGGUCCCAGUUAUUUUUAAAGGCCCAUAGUCUAAUAUUGUUUAGGAUCUAGAAUAAAACUCAAGAAUAGUGGUAUUUUCCAAGCAGUAAUAGAAACAACUCCUUUUGGUAAAUUCCGUAUCAGCUUAUUACAUUGGUCACGCACUA